AUGGACGUGACUCGAGGUCGUGCCGGGACGUCGAAUACCUGGACGUCGGCCUUCAGACCGAGGUUGAAGUCCAUCUCGGUCCGGUGCGGCGGGAGGGACUCCGUGCCAUUCCAGUCGUCUUUCGGGGCGGAACAAGGUUCUGCUCUGAAUGACGGUCAGUGGCAUUCGGUGGAUCUGAACUCCAGGCGAGGUCGUCUGAGCAUCAUCGUGGAUAAAGAGGAAGGAGGCAGCGCUCACGCCACUCAUUCAUUUCCUGUCACUGUAGAAAGUCACCUCUUCUUUGGUGGUUGUCCUCCUGAAAAUGAUAGGCAGGAGUGCAGAAACCCCUUCAAUAUCUUCCAGGGAUGCAUGCGUCUCUUAACUUUGGACGACCAAAUCGUGGAUCUGAUCAUGGUGCAGAAAAAGCAGCUGGGAAUCUACAGCAACCUGCAGAUAGAUAUGUGUGGAAUCAUUGACAG